GCUACUCGGAAUCACGUGAGUUAUGUUAUCAGCUCGAUGUUGAUGUUGUUCGCUCGGUGAUGAGGUAGAGAUCGAAAAUGCAGUUUCGGUUUCGAAAGUCAAGAGAGUUGUAACUCACGCUUAAUUCUCCGCCAUGCCAGCCAGCCCGCCCCCUAAUCAUACCCAUAUUGGAUUCAUGCAAUUCUACCUUGUGCGAUUUGGUCCCUGAAGCAGGUUUUGUCCGUAGAUCUUGAUCUUCGCGAGACGUACACAGGCAUUAUCUGUAGCACGAAUAGAGUCCGGACUAAGUUGAUUGUUCACAUGAAGCCACAUAUUUGCUAGCACGCGGCGGUGAUCACAAUUCUAUAAUUCCCCGGAUAACAUCAUGAAUCGAGCUGACAUACGUCCUGCUGGCUGGGUGCCGGCCGGGUCUCGGUUACGAAAAUACAAGAACGUGGACAAAGAGGGAAACUCCACGCGCGAGAGAGUUUUUGCUGGCGCAGAUCGACUACUAUCGAACAGCGAGUACUACGGUCGCGACGAAGAACAAUGUACGAGCAUCAACGAAUUCGGCUCCAUGCUAAACACUGCAGCGGUUGCAGACAGGACGGCAGAAUCGGAAGUGAAUGAUGAGACACCUGCUGCAUCGCGGAAUGGACCAGAUCGCAUAAAAGCCAAUACGAGUAGCAUUAUGGAAGUGAUGAGCAAUAAACGGACAUAAAUAAUUUCUUGUAUCGUUUGCCAUUUACAAAUUACACGCUGUCACUGGAAGACCAGUAUUAUUUAAGUUAGUUAUCACCGUAGGUACUAGGAGUAGCACUACCUAGCAACACUCACUUGGUCGCUACCGAUUACAAGUAGCCGUUUGCCCUUGUUAUUUAGCAUUUUUUGGUUUACUCUUCAUGAUCAGAAGUCCCGAGCGCCCCGCUGCGAGGUUCGAGUUUGAAACAGAGGGCAGUUCUCGUGCCAAGACUAGACAUUGUGGUGGAAGCCCGCUGCAACUGCGUGGAGGUCGCAUGGUGCCGCGGGGCGUGGUUGAUCUGCCAUCGACGGCGGAAACGGGGUCUCCUGUUGUCUGCUCUGGCCCGGCGCCACCAGAUUCGGGUAUGGCGUCGAUGAUUACGGCAGGAAACCAUCCACGGUUUGCUCGGAACUGGGAUAGAACCCCAGCUUCCGAGAAGUGCCGCCGCCUAGCGCACAAACGCUACGACAAAAGGGCAAUGACACACUGGUAAUCUUCACUCAUAACGUCACUUGUCAAUCGUAGCUCAGAACGUCACCGGUAACCUUUACCGAGAUGGCACAAAACGUCAGAAGAUGUCAAAAUUUGUCAGAUAUGCUCUGAUAGAAGUGGGCCUCCUUUGUCAUGCAUGGUUGUAAAAAGUAACAUGAUGGUACACGUAAAUCUAUGGUAAUGGGGGCAUCUUACAGUCACUACCGUGAGGAGUUCCGUGAUAAGGAGUCCUAAUCAAUGAAGACCCGACUGGUCUACUACUUGUUCAUGAACGCAAUGUAAAUCGAGUCAAUGGUCUACCCUAAAAAGUCCGGUGUUCCCAACUCACUAAAACACGCGAUGUUCGAAGUAGAUGACAUCAACAUUACGAC